AUGCUGCCGCCGGUAUUAGCGGCAUUAUUCGAAAUUGAUCGAGAUUUGCGAGCUGUAAUUUACAAUUUCAUAAGAAUGGACAUAAAACUUGUUUUGUUCACACUUAUGCUUGCUGUAGUGUUAUUGGAAGCGAAACUAAACCUCUGGGGAGAUUCAGUAUUCUCUCAGAAAGCAAUAUUCAACUAUCUAUUUUCGAAAGAUCGCGGUGUAGUAAGAGUAAAGAAGCCAGAAGAAGUCAAAACUGCAAAAAACAAUGUAACCACAUUGGAUUUUAUUGGUUUAGUAGAGAAAAAUGGUUACUCCGCCGAGGAACAUUAUACCAUAACAGAAGAUGGUUAUAUCUUGGUGCUACAUAGAUUAUUGGGGAAUCCUUUAUUUAAAGAUCAAAGAAGUAGAAAAGUUGUAUUUCUUCAACAUGGUCUCUUGUGUACAUCUGAUUGCUGGGUAAUAUUUGGUGCUGGCAAAGAUCUUGCAUUUUUAUUGGCUGAUAAAGGAUAUGAUGUAUGGAUUGGAAAUAACAGGGGAAAUGCAUAUUGCCAAUCACAUAUAAAAAUAUCUCCACAAAAUAAGGAAUUUUGGCAAUUUAGCUAUCAUGAAAUAGCAAUGAGAGACCUACCAGCUAUGAUAGACUUCAUACUUAGAUACACAAAACAAAAAAAUCUGCACUACAUCGGUCAUUCAAUGGGAACUACCAUACUGUUCACUUUAUUAUCCAUGAAACCCGAAUAUAAUGCAAAAAUAAGACUGGGAAUCUGCCUUGCUCCGGUUGCCAUCUGGAAAGAAAUAUCUCCUCUUUUGGAACACUUUCGUAGUAAAAUGCCAAAGAUUAUGGAAUUUCUCGAGUCUAAUGGAAUGUACGAAAUAGCCUCCUUAUCAUCAACGAGUAUUAGGAUUGGAAGAACUCUGUGUACAGAUAAAGCAAUUACUCAGCCUAUCUGCGCUGCAGUAAUAUUUGUAAUCGCCGGAUCCGAUCCAGUGCAACUUAAUACUACGGCAAUGCCAGAAGUAUUUUCGUAUGCUCCGGCCGGUAUUUCAUUACAAACAAUACGACAUUUUUAUCAAAAUAUUAUUACUCAGAAAUUUCAAGCACUCGAUAACGGAUAUUUGGACAAUUACAAGAAAUAUAAACAAAAGACACCCAUAAUGUAUGAUUUAAAAAAAGUUACUGCACCCUUAGCUUUAUAUUAUUCCGUCAAUGAUUUGCUUGCUUCAAAAUCGAAUGUCCUUGAAAUAUAUAAAUAUCUGCCGAAUGUUAUCCUGCUGGAGGAAAAUCCGUAUAAAUUAUUCAACCAUUUGGAUUUUUUAUGGGCCAUCGAUGCUAAAACUCUAUUAUAUGACCGUUUAAUGAAACUACUUCAAGAGUUUGACGAUCAAGAACUAACAAUUGAUGAUGAAUUCGUCUAUGUCUAA